AUGCCGUUCCUCAAAGAAGAAAGACCCCCAUCAUACGUUGCACAAACUACAUCAUCUUAUCUAGCUGGCCUCGCCUCUAACGUCUUUGCGAAGAAACGCUUCUCGAAAAAGCUAGCCUCACUGAUUGAGCGCACUAAGAAGCUCGUGAAGAAACCCUUCGAGAAGGCCGGCCUAGGGAAACCCAAGGCCCGUCAGGCUGCGGCGUUGAAGACUUCUCCUCAGGACAAUCGUGGGUCGGCCCGUCAGGCUGCGGCGUUGAAGACUUCUCCUCAGGACAAUCGUGAUCAAGAGUUCGCACGAGUCGCGUUGAUAAUCAUGAGAGCCGGCGUUCUUGAUCCAGUCUUUGUGUUCUUCUGCACAUACCCAUACCGCUAUAACCCCAUGGGUCAGGUGUUCGAGCGAGUUAGUAGGUUCACGGAGCAUUUUGACUAG